AUUUCUCAAGCGGCAACAUUUGAAGCGUUCAGCUUUCCAGUCAACUUGCAGCCAUCGCAUCAAUGGAAAGCGUUGAACUACAGUUCAAAACAUCUUGGGGUAUAAUAGCAGGAAAAGCAUGGGGAAACCCGUCAAACACGCCAGUUCUAGCGAUUCAUGGUUUCCACGACAACGCAGCUACUUUCGAUCAUCUCAUCCCCUCUCUUUCCACCUCCUCCUUCUUCGUCUGCUUGGAUUUGCCCGGCCACGGUCGCUCCUCCCCUUACCCCGCCGGGGUGUCACUCGACUUCUUCUCAUGUCUCAGGGACGUUUGCCAAGUACUAAUCACCAACUUAAAGUGGACCAGAUGUACUCUGAUGUCGCACAGCGCCGGCGGCCAUAUUUGCCUCUUCAUUGCAGCCAUCUAUCCAGAAAUAGUUGAAAAAGUGAUACUGCUAGACAUGUUUCUGUAUUUUGUGAUAUUGAAUCACGAAGAGAUCUGUACCAGACUACGGUAUUUGUUCGAACAAUCGUUUCAACUCGAAUCGUCCGAGUGUAGCUACGCCGAUGAAACAGAAGCUCUAAAAAAAUUCCUCACCAACCACUUCUCACCCAUCAACAAACUCUCCGCCACCAAACUUCUCUCUAGAAUGAUCACCAAAACCAACCAAGGAACAAUCAAAAUCCGCAACGAUCGCAGAAGAGAUCUACUGCCGUUACCCAUCUUAUCACUAGAUCUUCACCUAGCUGUUAUCAAUCAUAUUCGAGCCGAAAUUCUAGCGAUAACUUUCAAAGAAACUGAAAGGUUGCUUGAGAAAGAGCCGAGCAACUUUGAAACUACCAGGCUGCUGGAGAAUGUGUUGGGGACCAGGAUGAGAAGGUUAAGUGUAGAGGGCACUCAUAAUGUGCAUUUGGAUUAUCCUGAGAGAAUUGCUUACCACAUAAAUCGAUUCAUUCGAAAUGAGCCACUUUGUUUAUUGUGAUGAAAAAAUGAUGUUACUUGGAAUGGAUUUGAAUAGUUCUUUUUAAAUAUAAAUAACUGUGGAUAAUCAAUGUUGGAGAAUGAUAAACAAGAAUAUGUUCAACAUUUAUUCAAUUCGAGUAUUGAGAAACUGGAAUAAAAUGAUGUUACUUGGAAUGGAUUUGAAUAGUUAUUUUUUUAAAUAUAAAUAACUGUGGAUAAUCAAUGUUGGAGAAUGAUAAACAAGAAUAUGUUCAACAUUUAUUCAAUUCGAGUAUUGAGGAACUGAAAUAUCUCUUAGUUCAUUUCCCUAUUCUGUUUGGAUCGUAUGCGCAGUAAAAAUUUG